AUGAAAGAUUUACUCAAGGUCGGUAUGAUUUCACUAAUAUCGUACAGCACUGUGCUCGGAAUCUUUAUCCUUGAUGCUGAGUUGGCGAAAAUUCAUCAUCAUGAACCAUGUCUAAGACCUGCCACGCAUCGUCUACCGGUCAUCUCGUCAGAUGAACUGUUUGCGGCAUGCAACGCCCAUGCAUGGAGAGAGCUGGCUCUGCAACAGACUCAGAGUUCUGCGAGCAGGUCGAUGAGAGACCGAAAUCUUGGAAGGACGAGUGACUUCCAACUCUAUGCCACUCUUGAUUCUAUCAGUGCCAUGGCAUGUGAGUGCCAGGAUCAUUUCUCAACGACACUUCAUGAGGCCCAGAAAUGCCAGGAUAUGCUCCUAUCCUGGUACAAGACGCAUCUAUCAUCCGCUGGCCCUAGUGAUAUUUGGGCAUAUCCAUUAAAGAUUCUCUGGCAUUCCACCUUCAUCCUCUUAUACUCGGAUCUCGACGCUCUUGAGCGAGCUUGCGGUAGAGACGGCCCCGAGGUAGCACAAGAAGCCGUUGGAUACGCUCGGAAAUGGGCAAAUUCACAGGACGCGACCAGGGCUCUUGUACAUGCUGCCUGCAUCAGAAAACAUUUCGAAUCAAUGUCCAUUGGGUCCGAGUGUCCACUACAGAUUCCCACUUGCCUUUAUCACUGUGGGAUCAUCUGGUUCUGCUUUGGGCACUUUGAGGAUAAUAGUCACGGAGGCUUGGUGGAGCACAACUUUCCAGAAUUGGACCUGGCAGGAGUGAAUGUUGGUGAAAUCAAUGCGGCAGAAUUAAGGAACUCUCAAAUCGAGCGGAAGGCUGCGAACCAGGUUUUCGGGAUCGUCGGAUUGCUGCAGAGCAUACGCCAUUGGAAGCUAGCAUUGAGCCUUGCUUCAACAUUACUUGCGCUGAUCGAGGGACAAGAGAAUGUUUUCUAA